AUGGCAUCCGCUGGAACAAACAACGCCGAAGCCGAUGACGCUCGUCAAGCUCCUGCUCCUCCACCAAUCGCUGCUGCUCCUCCACAGAUCGCUGCUGCUCCGAUCGCACUUCCGAACAAUCACCUUCUUCCAUUGAAUCUCUGUCUCGACCGCCAUAACUACUCUUACUGGCGCACUCUUGUACUCGCUGCUACUCGUGCGUACAACCUUGACGGAUAUCUUCUAGGCACCAUCACUCAACCAUCGCCUACGAUUCCAGGUACUCUCGAUCCAAAUCCUGCUUAUCUCCAAUGGAUGAGAUUUGAUCAUUUCUUGAUGCACUGGUUGCUUAACUCUGUUCAUGAGGUGAUGCUUGGCCAUGUCCUCAACUGUCAUACCUCUGCUGCGAUCUGGAGUAUGUUUGCGCAAUUGUUUGCCACAAAGUCGAAAGCUCGAAUACUUCAGAUCAAAGGCUUGCUCCAAUCCACGAAGAAGGGAUCUCAAUCAAUCGACGAGUAUAUACUCAAGAUGAAGAACUAUGCAGAGAACUUAUCUGCAGCUGGCGAACCUCUUACAGAUGAAAGUCUCUGCCUCUACAUACUCGGAGGUCUCGGUGCUGAGUAUGAAGCUACAAUCGUUAAUCUCACUAACAGAUCUGAACCUCUCACUGUUCAAGAUGUGCAGUUUAGUCUUCACAACCAAGAGAUGAGGCUCCAACAGCUCUCCAGCUCCACUCUUGACAAUGUUCAAGCGAAUUUUGCUGGCCUUUCGGUGCGUGGUACCAACAGAUUUUCAUCAAGAUUUGGUCGUGGAGGCUCUCGUGGAUCAAGACCUCCUUACAAUGGACGUAAUUCAGGCAGAGGUAAUAGGAUUGUUUGUCAACUUUGUGGACGUACAGGUCACUCGGUACUCAAGUGCUAUCACCGAUUUGACGUGCACUACUCCGGUCCUCCUCCUCCCACACCUGCUGAUGCAAUAACCACCAACAACAACUCUGACUCUCCUCAAGCCAUGCUAUCUGAGUCCACUUACACGGAUGAACCUGCAGGAUCGUGGUUCUUGGACAGUGGGGCCACCAACCAUAUGACAAAUGAUCCCAAUCAACUACACAACAGGGUUGACUACAAAGGAAAGGCCAAGGUUCUUGUUGGCAAUGGUAACUUUCUAUCCAUUAAUCAAAUUGGUUCAAAUUCUGUGCAAACUUUUAAAGCCAAUAAUUCUUUAAUUCUUAAAGACAUUUUGCAUGUGCCUAAUCUCACCAAAAACUUAAUCAGUAUCUCUCAAUUCACACAUGAUAAUAAUGUUGUGUUAGAGUUUGAUUCAACUUGUUGUCUUGUUAAGGACAAGAUCUCGAGGCAAGUUCUUCUUCAGGGUUCCCUCAAUGAAGGACUCUACAAGCUCAAUCUUGCUUCUCCAGUCUCUCCAAAUGUCCCUCGGUCUCACUCCCAGUUCAACCGUUCCAAUAUUCCCACACAUUCAGCUUUGAAUUGUACUACAACUAGUAAUACUGUUCUAGACAAGUCAAAACAUGCCACUGUUUGGCACUGUCGAUUAGGACACCCAUCAAAACCAGUCUUAGAUAGGGUCUUGUCUCAUGUAUCUCCUAAUAUCAAAUGUAAUAAUCUUUCCUUUUGUGAUGCAUGUCAAAUAGGCAAACUGCAUCAAUUCAGUUUCAAGAGUACAAAUAAUAACACUACAUUUCCUUUUGAAUUGAUUCACUCCGAUGUUUGGGGACCAUCUUUUUACUCUUCUAUGGAUGGAUACAAAUACUACAUUAGUUUUCUAGAUGAUUACUCUAAAUAUGUUUGGUUGUAUCCAAUGAAAUUCAAAUCUGAAGUAACACAAAUAUUUCAUCAUUUCAAUGCCUUUGUCGAACGUACUUUUCAAACCAAAAUCCGUAGCAUCCAAACCGAUUUAGGAGCUGAAUACAAACCACUUUAUAACCUUUUCACCACACUAGGCAUUGUUAGAAGAAAUUCCUGUCCUCACACUCACCAACAACAAGGCAAUGUUGAGAGAAAACAUCGCCAUGUUGUUGAUACCGGCCUCACUUUGUUGUCCCAAGCUAAUCUACCCUUAACAUUCUGGUUUGAAGCCUUCUCAUCCGCAGCCUAUUUGAUUAACAGAUUACCUACCCCAACCCUCAAAUUCAAAUCUCCAUAUGAAAUCCUUUUUCACAUUAAACCAGAUUACAAUAUCUUAAAAGUUUUCGGGUGUUCUUGCUUCCCUCUGCUUCGGCCUUAUAACAGUCAUAAGGUAGCUUUUCGGUCAUCAAAGUGUCUUUUCAUUGGAUAUAGUCCUUAUCAUAAGGGGUUCAAAUGUUUGCAUCCAUCAGGAAGGGUAUACAUAGCUCGUAGUGUUACAUUUAAUGAAUCUGAAUUUCCAUAUAAUACUCUUUUUCCACCUUCAGUUGAGUCUCAACCACAAUCAAGCAAUCCUGUCAACCUUCAAGAUUAUGAAAUACCAUCUCCUUUACAACACAUUCAGUCCCCUUUAUCUACCACUGUGUCAUCCCCACAACAACCUCAAUUUUCAUCAUCUGAGUCCCCCACUCCAGUGUCUACUAGUUCCUCGCCAGACUCAACAACUCAUCCCCCUUACAUACCAAUUUCGGCCAUUCCAGUUGAUCUGCCUAUCCCUCCUGUUGUCCAAAAUACUCACAAAAUGAUCACCCGUUCAAAAACAGGCACAUUUAAACCAAAGACUUAUAUGGCUAAUCUUUCACCUGAAUUAGAACCAAUUAAUAUUAAAGAAGCUAUUGCUAACCCUCUUUGGAGACAGGCUAUGCAGCAGGAGUACCAAGCUUUACAGAACACAAAUACAUGGACUCUAGUGCCAUUUACACCUGAUAUGCCUGUCAUUCAAAACAGGUGGAUAUUUCGAGUGAAGUAUAAUGCAGAUGGCUCGGUGAACAGGUACAAAGCCCGUCUAGUGGCCAAAGGCUAUCAACAAACCCCGGGGAUUGAUUUCUUCGAAACAUAUAGUCCUGUCAUCAAACCAUGCACUAUUCGUCUAAUUUUCACCCUUGCUGCAUCUCACAAAUGGCCAAUUCAGCAGAUCGACGUAAACAAUGCCUUUUUGCAUGGUAUUCUUCAAGAAACUGUUUACAUGCAACAACCACCAGGCUUCAUAAGUGACAAGUUCCCUUCCCAUGUAUGCAAGUUGAACAAGGCUAUUUACGGUCUCAAACAAGCUCCAAGAGCUUGGUUUGACAAGCUCAAGACAUCUCUUCUUCAAUGGGGCCUCACAAACUCUCGUGCGGAUACAAGUCUAUUUUUCUCUAAUCGAAAUGGCAAGCUUCUCCUAGUACUUAUCUACGUCGAUGAUAUCUUGAUUACAGGGUCUGAUUCUUCUCAGGUGCAUAAGCUGAUCACUGAUCUCCACCUGCAUUUUGCUUUGAAAGUUUUGGGUGAAGUUCAUUAUUUUCUCGGCUUUGAAGUUACUAGACAAGAUGAUGAGAUCUUUUUAACUCAAACAAAGUACAUACGUGAUCUGCUUCACAAGACCAAAAUGAGUGCCUCAUCCUCUCAACCCACUCCAAUGUGCCCAAGUAUCAAACUCACCUCUGACUCAGGUGUUCCUCUUGCUAAUCCCACUCUAUACCGAAGCAUAGUAGGGGCCCUCCAAUAUCUCACCAUGACUCGCCCAGAUAUUUCAUUUGCUGUUAAUCGCCUCAGUCAGUACCUUAAGUCACCAACCUCACUUCAUUGGACAGCAUGUAAGAGAGUCUUACGAUAUCUAGUUGGCACUCCUCACUUGGGAUUACAUUUCAGACCUACAAACAAUGUUGAUAUUCAAGCAUACACAGAUGCCGAUUGGGCUGGCUGUUUAGAUGACAGAAAAUCAACCUCCGGUUAUUGUGUUCUUCUUGGUGAUAACUUGAUCAGCUGGGGCUCUAAGAAACAACAAGUUAUUGCUCGUUCCAGUACGGAAUCCGAGUAUCGCUCUCUUGCUUCUGCUACUGCUGAGAUCAUAUGGAUUGAAUCUCUUCUAAGUGAACUCAACUUGUCUAGUAAGAAGUGUCCUGUUCUAUGGUGUGACAACGUGAGUGCAGCCUCUUUAGCAUCUAAUCCCGUGUUCCAUGCAAGAACGAAACACAUCGAAGUUGACAUCCACUUUGUUCGAGAUCGUGUUCUAGCUAAGAAGCUUGAUGUUCGCUACAUAGCUUCUACACAUCAAGUUGCAGACAUUCUUACUAAGCCGUUACCCACAUCACAGUUUCAGUUGUUAAGAGACAAGCUUACACUUCGCCAAGCUACGUGCACCUUGAGGGGGGGUGUUAGAGAUGAUACAGGAGGAGUCAUUUCGAUCGGAGAAUCGGGGAGUGGUUCAGGCGGCGUGCCUUGGAGCUACAAACGCAGCUCUGGACAAAGUGAGAUAACCAUCAAUGAAGGUGGUAAUGUCAACUACAUUUCCUUCAAAGACGCAGGUGGCUUUAUCUCUGGCACAUUCGGUGGCGGCAGACCAGCUGAUGCUUCGGAAACCGGUCAAGAGAAAAAGGGGUCCUCGAGAGAAAUCACUUCGGAAAGGGGUGAAGAGAAAAAGGUUACUAUCAAUUUGCCUUCGGAGUACUUGAAAUCCAUAAGUGGAACGUAUGAUGACUACAAUGGUGCAUCUGAUGUUAUCACGUCUCUGUCUUUUCACACAAAUCUGACCACACAUGGACCUUUCGGAACCAGUAGUACUACUUCUGCUAAGCCUUUCAGCGUCCCCAUUACAGACAGUGCCGUCGUUGGAUUUCAUGGACGCUCUAGCCACUACCUUGAUGCUCUCGGUAUUUAUGUCAAACCAGUGAAUACAGAAGAAAUCAUUUCAUUAGGGGUAUGGGGAGGUUCGGCUGGAGAUGACACGAUUAAUUUCAAGGUGGGAAGUGGUAGUUAUAUAAAACAGAUAUCUGUCGGCUAUGACGAUUCCAAUAUCAAGUCUCUCACUUUCUUGGACGGCAAUGGCCUCGUCUAUGGAAAAUUUGGUGGCAAGAAUACUAACGAUAUGGGUGUAGAAAAAAUAAUUGAGUUUGAUGGGAGUUCGAAGUUUUUGACAUCCAUAAGUGGGACAUAUGGAAUUUAUCGUGAAAUAACUGUGAUCACAUCACUAUCAUUUAUAACAAAUGUUGCUACAUAUGGACCAUUCGGAAAAGAGACAGGCACUGCUUUCUCAAACCCAAUUCAAAACGGCGUCGUUGUUGGAUUCCAUGGAAAAUCAGGCCACUAUAUUGAUUCAAUUGGCAUCUAUGUCAAACAGGUGAAUACAGAAGGAAUCAUUUCAUUAGGGGUAUGGGGAGGUUCGGCUGGAGAUGACACGAUUAAUUUCAAGGUGGGAAGUGGAAGUUAUAUAAAACAGAUAUCUGUCGGCCAUGCUGAUUCCAGUAUCAAGUCUCUCACUUUCUUGGACGGCAAUGGCCGCGUCUAUGGAAAAUUUGGUGGCAAGAAUCCAAACGAUAUUGGUGUGGAAAAAAUAAUUGAGUUUGAUGAGAGUUCGAAGUUUUUGACAUCUAUAAGUGGGACAUAUGGAAGUUAUCGUGGAUCAACUGUGAUCACAUCAUUAUCAUUUAUAUCAAAUGUUAAUACAUAUGGACCAUUCGGAAAAGAAACAGGCACUGCUUUCUCCCUCCCAAUUCAAGGUGGCGUCGUUGUUGGGUUCCAUGGAAAAUCAAGCAGCUACAUUGAUUCAAUUGGCAUCUAUGUCAAACCUGGGUCCUCAGAAGGAGUCAUUUCGUUGGGAGCAUGGGGGAGUCGCUCAGGCGGUGUGCCUUGGAGCUACAAACCCAGCUCUGGAAUAACUGAGAUAACCAUCCAUGAAGCUGGUAUUAUCAACUCCAUUUCCUUCAAAGACGCAGCUGGCCUUUUCUCUGGGACAUUCGGUGGCGGGAGCCCUGAUGCUUCCGAGAGGGGUGUAGAGAAAAAGGUCACUAUCAAUUUCCCUUCGGAGUACUUGAAAUCCAUAAGUGGAACGUAUGGUGACUACAAAGGUGUGUCUGAUGUUAUCAUUUCACUAUCUUUCAACACAAAUCUCACCACACAUGGACCUUUUGGAGCCAGUAGUAGUACUAGUUCUGGUAAGCCUUUCAGCGUCCCCAUAACAGACAGUGUCGUAGUUGGAUUUCAUGGACGCGCUUGCGACUACCUUGAUGCUAUUGGUGUUUAUGUAAAACCAGUAAAUCCAGAUGGAAGCAUUUCAUUUGGGAAAUCUGGAGGUGUGGGUGGAGAUAACCCAAUCAGUUUCACGGUGGGAAAUAGUAGUUGGAUAACUGUCCACAAUGACUGCGCCUAUGGAAAAUUUGGUGGCACUAGUGUACAAAAUAUGGGGUCCUCGGGAGGAGUCCUUUCCAUCGGGGAAUCGGGGAGUGGUUCAGGCGGCGUGCCUUGGAGCUACAAACGCAGCUCUGGACAAAGUGAGAUAACCAUCAAUGAAGGUGGUAAUGUCAACUACAUUUCCUUCAAAGACGCAGGUGGCUUUAUCUCUGGCACAUUCGGUGGCGGCAGACCAGCUGAUGCUUCGCAAACCGGCCAAGAGAAAAAGGGGUCCUCAAGAGAAAUCACUUCGGAAAGGGGUGAAGAGAAAAAGGUUACUAUCAAUUUGCCUUCAGAGUACUUGAAAUCCAUAAGUGGAACGUAUGGUGACUACAAUGGUGUAUCUGAUGUUAUCACUUCACUAUGUUUUCACACAAAUCUGACCACACAUGGACCAUUCGGAACAAGUAGUACUACUUCUGGUAAGCCUUUCAGCUCCCCCAUCACAGACAGUGCCGUAGUUGGAUUUCAUGGACGCUCUAGCCACUACCUUGAUGCUCUCGGUAUCUAUGUCAAACCAGUGAAUACAGAAGGAAUCGUUUCGUUAGGGGUAUGCGGAGGUUCGGCUGGAGAUGACACGAUUAAUUUCAAGGUGGGAAGUGGUAGUUAUAUAAAACAGAUAUCUGUCGGCCAUGAUGAUUCCAAUAUCAAGUCUCUCACUUUCUUAGACGGCAAUGGCCGCGUCUAUGGAAAAUUUGGUGGCAAGAAUAAUAACGAUAUGGGUGUAGAAAAAAUAAUUGAGUUUGAUGGGCGUUCGAAGUUUUUGACAUCCAUAAGUGGGACAUAUGGAAUUUAUCGUGGAAUAACUGUGAUCACAUCAUUGUCAUUUAUAACAAAUGUUGAUACAUAUGGACCAUUCGGAAAAGAAACAGGCCAUGCUUUCUCAAACCCAAUUCAAGGUGGCGUCGUUGUUGGAUUCCAUGGAAAAUCAGGCAGCUAUAUUGAUUCAAUUGGCAUCUAUGUCAAACCGGCGUCCUCAGGAGGAGCCAUUUCGUUGGGACCAUGGGGGAGUAGUUCACGUGGUGAGCCCUGGAGCUACAAACCCAGCUCUGCAAUAAGCGAGAUAACCAUCCAUGAAAGUGGUAAUAUCAACUCCAUUUCCUUCAAAGACGCAGCUGGCGCUGUCUCUAGGACAUUCGGUGGCGGGAGCCCUGAUGAUGUUUCGAAAACGGGUGAAGACCAAAAGGGAUCCUCAGGAGGAGUCAUUUCGUUGGGACCAUGGGGGAGUCGUACGGGUGGUGAGCCUUGGAGCUACAAAUCCACCUCUGGAAUAACUGAGAUAACUAUCCAUGAAGGUGGUAAUAUCAAGUCUGUUUCCUUCAAAGACGCACGUGGCUCUAUCUCUAGCACAUUCGGUGGCGGGAGCCCUGAUGUUUCGGACAGGGGUGUAGAGAAAAAGGUCACUAUCAAUUUCCCUUCGGAGUACUUGAAAUCCAUAAGUGGAACGUAUGGUGACUACAAAGGUGUUUCUGAUGUUAUCAUGUCACUGUCUUUUAACACAAAUCUGACCACACAUGGACCUUUUGGAACCAGUAGUACUACUUCUGGUAAGCCUUUCACCGUCCCCAUUGCAGACAGUGCCGUGGUUGGAUUUCAUGGACGCUCCUGCUACUACCUUGAUGCUAUUGGUAUAUAUGUAAAACCAGUGAAUACAGAAGGAAUCAUUUCAUUAGGGGUAUGGGGAGGUUCGGCUGGAGAUAGCCAAAUUAGUUUCAAGGUGGGAAGUGGUAGUUGGAUAAAACAGAUAUCUGUCGGCUAUGAUGAUUCCAAUAUCAAGUCUCUCACUUUCUUGGACAGCAAUGGCCGCGUCUAUGGAAAAUUUGGUGGCAAGAAUCCAAACGAUAUUGGUGUGGAAAAAAUAAUUGAGUUUGAUGGGAGUUCGAAGUUUUUGACAUCUAUAAGAGGGACAUAUGGAAGUUAUCGUGGAUUAACUGUGAUCACAUCAUUAUCAUUUAUAUCAAAUGUUAAUACAUAUGGACCAUUCGGAAAAGAAACAGGCACUGCUUUCUCCCGCCCAAUUCAAGGUGGCGUCGUUGUUGGGUUCCAUGGAAAAUCAGGCCACUACAUUGAUUCAAUUGGAAUCUAUGUCAAACCGGGGUCCUCAGAAGGAGUCAUUUCGUUGGGAGCAUGGGGGAGUCGCUCAGGCGGCGUGCCUUGGAGCUACAAACCCAGCUCUGGAAUAACUGAGAUAACCAUCCAUGAAGCUGGUAUUAUCAAGUCCAUUUCCUUCAAAGACGCAGCUGGCCUUUUCUCUGGGACAUUCGGUGGCGGGAGCCCUGAUGCUUCCGAGAGGGGUGUAGAGAAAAAGGUCACUAUCAAUGUCCCUUCGGAGUACUUGAAAUCCAUAAGUGGAACGUAUGGUGACUACAAAGGUGUAUCUGAUGUUAUCAUUUCACUUUCUUUCAACACAAAUCUCACCACACAUGGACCUUUCGGAACCAGAAGUACUAGUUCUGGUAAGCCUUUCAGCGUCCCCAUCACAGACAGUGUCGUAGUUGGAUUUCAUGGACGCGCUUGCUACUACCUUGAUGCUAUUGGUGUUUAUGUAAAACCAGUAAAUCCAGAUGGAAGCAUUUCAUUUGGGAAAUCGGGAGGUUUGGGUGGAGAUAACCCAAUGAGUUUCACGGCGGUGGGAAAUAGUAGCUGGAUAACUGUCCACAACGACCUCGCCCAUGGAAAAUUUGGUGGCAGUGUACAAAAUAUAAUGGAUCAUCAGGGGUCCUCAGGAGGAGUCAUUUCAGGCGGCGUGCCUUGGAGCUACAAACGCAGCUCUGGACAAAGUGAGAUAACCAUCAAUGAAGGUGGUAAUGUCAACUACAUUUCCUUCAAAGACGCAGGUGGCUUUAUCUCUGGCACAUUCGGUGGCGGGAGACCAGCUGAUGCUUCGGAAACCGGUCAAGAGACAAAGGGGUCCUCAAGAGAAAUCACUUCGGAAAGGGGCGAAGAGAAAAAGGUUACUGUCAAUUGGCCUUCAGAGCACUUGAAAUCCAUAAGUGGAACGUAUGGUGACUACAAUGGUGUAUCUGAUGUUAUCACUUCACUAUCUUUUCACACAAAUCUGACCACACAUGGACCAUUCGGAACAAGUAGAACUACUUCUGGUAAGCCUUUCAGCUCCCCCAUCACAGACAGUGCCGUAGUUGGAUUUCAUGGACGCUCUGGCCGCUACCUUGAUGCUCUUGGUAUUUAUGUCAAACCAGUAAAUACAGAAGGAAUCAUUUCAUUUGGGAUAUGGGGAGGUUUGGGUGGAGAUAGCCCAAUUAAUUGCAGGGUUGGAAGUAGCAGUUGGAUAAAACAGAUAUCUGUCGGCCAUGAUGAUUACAAUAUCAAGUCUCUCACUUUCUUGGACGGCAUUGGCCGCGUCUAUGGAAAAUUUGGUGGCAAGAAUCCUAACGAUUUUGGUGUAGAAAAAACAAUUGAGUUUGAUGGGCGUUCGGAGUUUUUGACAUCUAUAAGUGGGACAUAUGGAAGUUAUCGUGGAUUAACUGUGAUCACAUCACUAUCGUUUAUAACAAAUCUUAAUACAUAUGGACCAUUCGGAAAAGAAACAGGCCAUGCUUUCUCAAACCCAAUUCAAGGUGGCGUCGUUCUUGGAUUCCAUGGAAAAUCAGGCCACUAUAUUGAUUCAAUUGGCAUCUAUGUCAAACCGGCGUCCUCCUCAGGAGGAGCCAUUUCUUUGGGACCAUGGGGGAGUAGCUCAGGCGGCGAGCCCUGGAGCUACAAACCCAGCUCUGGAAUACGCGAGAUAACCAUCCAUGAAGCUGGUAAUAUCAACUCCAUUUCCUUCAAAGACGCAGCUGAUGAUGUCUCUAGGACAUUCGGUGGCGGGAGCCCUUAUGAUGUUUCGGAAACGGGUGAAGACAAAAAGGGGUCCUCAACAGGAGUCAUUUCGGUUGGACCAUGGGGGAGUCGUUCGGCUGGUGAGCCUUGGAACUACAAACCCACCUCUGGAAUAACUGAGAUAACGAUCCAUGAAGGUGGUAAUAUCAAGUCCAUUUCCUUCAAAGACGCACGUGGCUAUAUCUCUAGGACAUUCGGCGGCGGAAACCAUGAUGCUUCGGAAAAAGGGGUAGAGAAAAAGAAGCUUACUAUCAACUGGCCUUCGGAGUAUUUGAAAUCCAUAAGUGGAACGUAUGGUCACUACAAAGGUGUAUCUGAUGUUAUCAUUUCACUAUUUUUCAACACAAAUCUCACCACACAUGGACCAUUCGGAACAAGUAGUACUACUUCUGGUAAGCCUUUCACCAUCCCCAUUGCAGACAGUGCCGUAGUUGGAUUUCAUGGACGCUCUAGCCACUACCUUGAUGCUAUUGGUAUAUAUGUAAAACCAGUAAAUCCAGAUGGAAUCAUUUCAUUUGGGAUAUGGGGAGGUUUGGGUGGAGAUAGCCCAAUUAGUUUCAAGGUGGGAAGUGGGAGUUGGAUAAAACAGAUAUCUGUCGGCCAUGAUGAUUCCAAUAUCACGUCUCUCACUUUCUUGGACGGCAAUGGCCGCGUCUAUGGAAAAUUUGGUGGCAAGAAUCCUAACGAUAUUGGUGUGGAAAAAAUAAUUGAGUUUGAUGGGCGUUCGAAGUUUUUGACAUCCAUAAGUGGGACAUAUGGAAUUUAUCGUGGAUUAACUGUGAUCACAUCAUUAUCAUUUAUAACAAAUGUUGAUACAUAUGGACCAUUCGGAAAAGAAACAGGCACUAUUUUCUCAAACCCAAUUCAAGGUGGCGUCGUUGUUGGGUUCCAUGGAAAAUCAGGCCACUACAUUGAUUCAAUUGGCAUCUAUGUCAAACCGGUAAAGGCUGCAUAAUGGACCUGGCUGAGGAAAAGUAGAAUUGCACAUUUUGAUGUGCAUUCUUCGUGGGGGUACGUUUAUCACAUGUUUUCGUUGGAUUUGGAUCCUUAUUUACAUCUUUGUAAUAAGAUAGGAUAUGGAUGGUUUAUAUGAUCAUAUCCUAAGUCAAAAGUCUUUACCUUUAUUAUGUGUUUUGAGUGUAUCUGAACUAAUAAUAAGUUGAUGACUCUGAGCUUUAGCUCACUCGGUCAGCCAACCAGUUGUAAUAUAUUAAGUUUUGUUUUGGCUGUGAAUAAUAUAUUACCUUGUGUGUUCUA